GGAUCCAAUUUGAAUUUUUGAUGAUUGAAAUCGUGAUUUGAUUUAGGGUUUUCAACGCUUUCGCUCAUCAAAGGAAAUAUUGCGAGCUUUUGGGUUUAUGAGUAGAGAUUUGAAACUCUAGCUUCAGUUUAAUGGCCAUGAGCCUGGAUCUUUGAAACUGGAAAUCUAAUCAUGUUGUUAAUUAGGAUCACAUCUUGAUUUUUAAUUUAAGGUGUUUGAGUUUGAUAAACAUACAAGUUUGAGUUUUGAUAUAUAUCUAUAUCUAUAUGAUGGAUCCCCCUUCUCCUAUAGAGCAACAAGUUUAUGUUGAUAUUGAGAGUGUAGUUAAUGAGGGAUUAAGCCAGCUUGAUCCUCCUCGUUCAGGUGAAAAAACAAAGUUGUGUGACCAAUUUAGUAUGAGUGUGGAUGAUGGCCCAUUAUUACUUGUAAAGGAGGGAAAUAGUAGUGUGAUGGUGUUGAUGGAUGGAGGGAAAGAGAAACGUAAAAAGGGUUCAAUUAGUGCGAAAAAACCACCCAAACCUCCACGACCACAUCCACAUAGAGGGUUUUCUCUGGACGCUGCGGACGAGAAGCUGAUUAAGGAACUUGCAGAACUUGCCAUGAUUAAACGGGCAAGAAUUGAGCGAAUGAAGGCGCUCAUGCAAAAGAAAGCUUCAAAGGCCGCUUCAUCAUCAUCGAAUGCCACUUUAUUUGCCAUGCUUUUUACCACCAUCUUCUUCAUCAUCAUCCUUUUGCAAGGAAUGUCAUGCCGAAAUUCACAUGGAACAUUCGAGGGUUCUCCUCAAACAAACGAGAAUAGUUUACUAUACAUACAAGCACAGUUGAAUCAUUCUACUCAUACUUUCGUUUAACUUGAUUCAAUAUAUUUGAAACACUUGAAAUUUGGGUUCAAAAAGGAAUUUGGUUACUAGAAGGAGCCUGCGACAACUACGCUUGGCACUUGUAUAGUAAAUGAUACUUGUUGUGGGAACUUAAUUAAUAUAUAGCGAUAUCAUUGAGGUUGCAACCUCUGCAGUCUAAUUAAUAUAAGCUUAUAUGUAUAUGAUAAAUUGUUGUAUGCAUAGUUUUGUAGCAAAUAGUAAUAGUAGUGUUGCUUUGAGAGCUUGUAAUACGUUUUGUGAAACUCGACAACAAACACAAAUUGGUUUUAUGUAAUCAAUAAUAAUCC